UGAAAGUAAACAUACCGCCGUCUUCGCAUUGUUUAUUUUUCUCAGGCAUCUUAUCAACUUUUCCCAGAAAGACCGACAGAAUCGGCCUGGUUGCCAAGGGAACGAGGCCCAGUAGAGUCUGCUUAAGGAUAUUUCUUAUGGAUUAUUCACCAAUCCUUUCAAAAUGUAGAAAUUGAUUGUGAAGGUACCUGGGGACAUGCAGAGGAAUUACUGAUAGUCAUAACAUCAUUGACUCCUGAACCUUACUGAUGAAUUGAUGAUGGCCUUGGAGUCUUACAGCUGAAACAAAAUGACCUAUAUUCCAAGAAAGUGUGGUGUUAAAUUUAAACCACCUACCAUUGUUUUAAUCUAUGAAGAUGAAAGUACUAAGAAGACUCGGCAAAGACUGAUACCUAUUCGAAAUUUCUCCAGAUUUUCAGAUUGCAGUCGAGCUGCAGAAGCGAUUAAGAAUAACCCUCGACACCAAGUAUAUCUAGAUGGAGUAUCUCAACAGCAGCUACAGAAAUUGUUCCAGCUUCUGAGGGACAACCUGAAUGGGGUGAGCCUUGAAAAGAGUUUGGAGGCAUUUGUGAGGAUGAACUCCAUUAACCCAGAGGAGGACCUCAAUAAACUUGAUGACAAUGAAUUGGCAAAAAAGAAAAAAAUAAUGGAUGAACUGUUUGAAAAGAACCGGAGAAAACCCAAUGACCCAGAAUUUGUUUAUGACCUGGAAGUUGAUUUCCCUCAGGAUGGACUGAUUGAGUCAUGUGGCUGGGAUGAGGAAGAGCAAGAUGGAGAGAUUUGAUUUAUCUUUUAUUUUCAGAAACUGUCAAUGUGAGGGUUGAGUAAUAAUCCAGUGGCUAGCUACUCAUGGUUGGCCAAUAUAAUAAACUUACAAAUGAUCCAUCUGAGAGAUGUAAUUUACAUGGAAUUGUAUCCAAUCAAUGUUAUCACUUUAAACAGCAAAUUCUGAACAGCA